CUUGGACCGGCCACCGCCAGACGCAAGACGAUGGACAAAUACCGCUGCAUCAAGGAGAUCGGCGUCGGCGUUCAUGCUACCGUCAACCUCGCGGUCACCUUGUCCUGCGACCACCUCGUCGCUCUCAAGAUGAUCCCUCUCUCAACGGCAGACCCUUGCUGCGUCCGUCGCGAGAUCGAGUUGCCGAUUCGCAUCCGGCACGCGAACCUGAUGAAGUUGUACGAAGCCUUCUUCACGGACGCUCACAUCGUCCUCGUGACCGAGCUCUGUCCCAAUGGCGACCUCGUGGCGUACACCAAGGCCCGCGCGCCGCUGCCCCUCCCGGUCAUCCAGAAGCUGGUCCGCCAGAUCGCCACGGGUCUCGCCGCGCUCCAUGCAGGCCGCGUGAUUCACUGCGACAUCAAGCCAGCGAACAUCUUUCUCGACUACAACGAGAACAUCAAGAUUGGCGACUACGGCUACUGCAUCGCGCGCAUGAGAGACGAACGUCGCCGCAGACCCAUCCGAGGCAACGCACGCUACCACGCUCCAGAGCUUAUCCUUGAUGAGCCCUCUGACUUCAAGAUCGAUGUCUGGGCGCUGGGCAUUGUUUUCUGCGAGCUUUUGGCUAAUGCAGCCCAUCUGCCGCACUUUGUCGUUCGCGGUGCGAUCGACAUUCCCGAGCACACGCCAGCGGCGCUGCACGACCUCAUCGCCGGCAUGCUCGAACCCGAGCCGGAGCACCGCCUGUCGUCGGCCGAGGUCGCCGCCCACCCCACGCUCGCGUCUCUCUAA